UUCAAAGCAAAGAUUCUACACAAGCCUCACUACCGCACGAUUCUGCCGAUAUUUGCUGUUUGAAGUCAGCUGAGGUUUUCAAAACAGUGGGUAUUCUCAAAAACACAUGGAUAAAGCAGCCAGACAUGGAAUCGUGUCAAAUGUCUGGAGAGGUCGCACCCCCAAUGUCAGGCACCUGUGGCUGCUCUUUGAAUGGGGACAUGUACAUAUUUGGGGGAUGCAAUGACAACGGACAGACCAAUCAGCUUUACUGUGUCAACCUCCUGGAUGGGAAAUAUAGCUGGAGAAAAGUGAACCAUAAGAGUGGCUCAUCUCCCUCACCCAGAGAUAAGCGCACUUGUUGGGUUUUCAAUGGCAGUGUUGUGCCCCUGACCCCAGAGCUGCCCGUGCAAGUGCAACACUUCGGAACAAAGGAUACGUAUGUGGAGGCAGAAUAAGGGUGAAAAACAAUGUAUCUCAACACCUCUCUCCGUGGUUGCAUUGACACAGACAACCUAAAGUGUCACAAUGUGUCAUGUUCUGACCUUUAUUUCCUUUGUUUUGUAUUUAUUUAGUAUGGUCAGGGCGUGAGUUGGGUGGGCAGUCUAUGUUUGUUUUUCUAUGUUUUGGGGCAUUUCUAUGUUUCGGCCUAGUA